AUGAGUCUAUGGAAUCUCAAAAAUCUCCUGUUCCUGAAUCUGUCAUUCAAUUCUCUUAGUGGAGACUUACCUACAAGCAUGAGAAAGACUAAGGUUCUUCAAAUCAUUGCUUUAUCCUCAAAUCAAAUCAGUGGAAACAUUCCAACUGUUAUUGGAGAAUUUCAAAGCUUGAGCUCUUUAUAUUUGUCAAACAACAUGUUUGUAGGAUCUGUUCCCCAAAGUUUUGGUGAUCUAAAAGGAUUGGAACUUUUGGACCUAUCAUACAACAACUUGUCGGGCACGAUACCUAAGUCUCUAGAAAUGCUCAAAUACCUCAAGUAUUUGAACUUGUCUUAUAACAAGCUCUUGGGAGAAAUUCCUUCUGAGGGACCUUUUGUCAACUUCAGUGCACAAUCAUUCUUGGGAAAUAUGGCACUUUGUCAGAGAUCACCAAACUUUGGAGUCUCACCCUGCAGGAAUCCUAGGGCUCAAAAAUCAAGGAAGGCUUCUAGUUUGCUCACAUAUAUUUUUCCAGCUAUUAUAUCAAUAGCUAUCCUCAUAAGUCUCAUUUCUUGGUGGAAAAUUUGUCACAAAAGAAAAGCAACCAUUCCAAGGCCAACUGAACAGUUAAUAGCACCAGAGCAGAUAUUGAUAUCAUAUCAUGAACUCUGUUUGGCUACUAAUAACUUCUGUGAAAGCAACUUACUGGGAGUGGGGAGUUUCGGCUCUGUGUACAAGGGUCUGCUUUCUGAUGGGGUAAUUGUUGCUGUCAAGGUUCUAAAUUUAACAAUGGAGGGUGCCUUCAAAAGUUUUGAUGCAGAGUGUCUAAAUGUGGUCACUAUAGGCCAAAUUCAGUUGCUUAAUGGAUGGAAUUAUAAGAAGUGGAGAAACCAAGUUGAAUUUUAUCUGUCUAUGCAUCAAAACAUGGAUCUUUGCUUGAUUGAGGAACAACCAUUAGAGCUAGACACUGAGAGCACAGAAGAAGAUAGAAAAUACUAUAAGGAGUGGUAUAGCUCCAACAGGAAAGCCAAAAAUGUGAUAAGAACCUCUAUGUCUGACACAGUUAGGGGCUCGAUCAUUGAGCCAGAGCUUGCCAUGGAUUUCCUAGAAGCCAUAGGAGAUAAAUAUCAGGAGAGUGACAAAGCUGAGGCUGCUAGGCUAUCCAAAAGAUUUAAUGAGCUGGAGUUUUCAGGAAAAGGAAGUGUGAGGGAGCACAUUAUGGAGCUGAUUGACCUCAACUCGAGGCUGAGGGAUUUAGACAUGGGAGUUAAAGACUCUCAGAGGAAGAGAGAAUCAGGAAGGAAGGCAGACCAACUACUGCAGUCAAUCUAG